AGGCUGGAUGUGAGCGUCAGUCUCUGCCGCCACCACCAUCAUCAUCAUCAUCACCACACCACCAUCACCAGCAGCAUCCUGUGAGGUGUGUCCACGCCGCCGGAGCAGCGCGCAGACAGGGAGGAGGACGAGACCCGACCUUUCUUUCUCUUCGCCCUGAACAUGGCGUCAAAAUGUCCCAAAUGCGACAAGACGGUCUAUUUCGCCGAGAAAGUGUCAUCUUUAGGGAAAGACUGGCACAAGUUCUGCCUUAAAUGUGAGCGCUGCAGCAAGACGCUGACUCCCGGAGGCCACGCUGAGCAUGAUGGGAUUCCUUAUUGCCACAAGCCCUGCUACGCCGCCCUCUUCGGACCAAAAGGUGUGAACAUCGGCGGCGCCGGCUCCUACGUGUACGACGCUCCCGCCAACGAGGCCCCGGCGGCCGUUUCCUUGGAAACAAAUGCCAAACCGGAGGAGGAGAUGAAAAAAGCCCCUGCACGGGGACCAGUGAAGGCUGCCAGCUUCUCGUCCUUCUCCGGAGGACCCAACAUCUGCCCCAGGUGCAACAAGACCGUAUACUUUGCUGAGAAGGUGUCAUCUCUCGGGAAGAACUGGCACCGGCCUUGUCUUCGCUGUGAGAGGUGCAGUAAGACUCUGACAGCGGGAGGUCACGCAGAGCACGACGGACAACCUUACUGCCACAAACCGUGCUACGCUGUUCUGUUUGGACCCAAAGGUGUGAACACCGGAGGCGUCGGCAGCUACAUCUACGACGACCCCGAGGCUGAGGCGCAGCCUUGAACCAACACUUGGACAAAGAAACCUCCUCCUCCAGGAGCCUCUUUGAUUCGCCGUCAGCUCAUUGUGACUAACAACUUGUACAACGCUCAAAGGGAUGGAUGCUUAGACGUUUCUGUUGUCUUUAUAUAUUGUUUAUAUAUCUAUUUUUUGUACGGAAACGAACCUUUAAAAAUGUCCUCCCGCGUGAGUUUCAGACUUGCCUUUAAGUUUCUCGGUUCUCUUUGCCAAAUAAUUAUCAGCCUCUUACUGUGGUGGAUUUAAGCUCCUGUGUUGUUCUGUUUGUUUCACUCUUGAUCAGUAGAUUUUUUGGACUUUAGUGCACUUAAAAACAUGUACUGUACGGAAACAAAAGUACCAGCGCACGGGUUUUUAUUUUCAGUGUUAUUUUGAACGAAUCCUGGUUCUAAAACGAAGGAUGAUAUCGUCUGUAGUGAAUAAGCGCACAGUGCAUUUUACUGAAUGUUAGGAGGGGGAGUUUAGAGUUCACGUUUUAUACAAUAAAACUGUGUGGUAGCAAA